AUGUAUGCGCGGCAACUUCUCAUCGGCGCUCUUGCGCUCGGCGUCGAAGCCAGCUGGAAGGAUUAUCAACCUCAGAAUCGCACACCGAGUUCAUGUCCCGACUAUACCGAUUAUUCUCAAAAGCCUCAUGAGCCGUAUUCUUCGGGCGAGUUGAAGUUGCCGUUUAUGAGGCCUAGUGAAGAAUGCAGAACUUUCAAGAGCCCUGCAGUCGAGAAAGUCAUCGAGGACAUGAAGAAGCGCAUCAAAAAUCCUGAUCUUGCGCGUCUUUUUGAGAAUACUUUUCCUUCGACGCUUGAUACUACGGUCAAGUACUUUGAUGUUGAUGAGAAUUUGGCUUUCAUCGUUACUGGUGAUAUCACGGCUCAAUGGCUUCGUGAUACAGGAAACCAGUUUGCUCAUUUAUACAAGCUUCUUCCUCAAGAUGAGAAUCUGAAGGAUCUCGUCAAGGCUAUCAUCAACACUGAGGCAAGAUAUAUCUCUGAGUAUCCUUACUGCGGGGCUUUCCAACCUCCACCGGAGAGUGGCUUGAGUCCCUCUGUGAACGACUAUGCCGAGCUCGUUGUCGUCAACCCACCUGUCGACAACCAGACGGUUUUCGAGUGCAAGUAUGAACUCGACUCCCUCGCAGGCUUCCUAAAAAUCGCACGAUCCUACUACAACAACACCAAAGACGCUUCCUUCAUCAACGACAACUUUAAGUCCGCCAUGACGCAAAUCCUUCGCGUUAUCGACGAACAAUCCCAAAGUACCUGGGCCGAAGACUGGUCUUACGUGAGCUACUACAACUGGACAGGUGAAGCAGGUUCACUUUCUCCACCCGUUCCCAACAGCGGCAACGGUAAACCAAAACUCGCCAACGGUCUAGUAGCAUGCAGUCAUCGUCCGUCCGAUGAUCUUUGCGUUUUCAACUACAUCACCUCCGAUAACGCGAUGAUGUCUGUUGAGUUGGACAAUGUAGCUGAUCUACUCGAUAUGGAGGACACUCAGAAGAAUCUUUCGACUACGUUGCGCAGUCAUGCAAAGACUAUUCGUAACGCUGUCUGGAACCACACCCUCACUUCAAACGGCGUUUUCGCAUACGAGACAAAUGGGUACGGAGGACAAUACAUAAUGGAUGACGCCAACGUCCCCAGCCUCGUGUCCCUUCCCUACCUCGGUUUCCUCGACCGCUCAGAUCCAGUCUACCAAAAGACCAAGAAACUCCUCUUCUCCCGCGCAAACCCUUACUACGCAGUCGGCGAAACAUUCCGCGGUAUCGGCGGUCCUCACGCAAACGCGACCAACCCAUGGCCCAUGGCACACGUCUCGGCUAUCUACGGCACCGACGAUGAUGACGAGAUUGCUGAGCGGUUGAAUAUCAUUCUGGAGAAUACUUCUGGUUUGGGAUUGAUUCAUGAGAGUGUUAAUAUCUAUAACUCGACGGUUUUCACUAGGCCUUGGUUUGCUUGGGCGAAUAGUUAUUUUGCAGAGAUGAUGCUUGAUUUGGCGGAGAGGAAGCCUGGGUUGAUUUUUGAGAGUGAUGAGCCGCUUAGUCCCGAUCUUCAUUCCAUCACCGACUCCUCGCCGUCUCUCCGGAUGUCUCUCGACUCAGCUGUUGAAGCCGCACUUGCGGAAUUUCUCUAUGACCCAAAUAUCGACUUCCUAGGCCAGCUCCAGGGCGAAGUGCCGUGCAUCGGCUGUGUGCUCGCGCUCAAUCGCGACCAUCGUCUUGUCUGCAUCGUAGACAAGAACCCACAGCUGUGCAUCCACUGCAAGUCUUCAAGCAAUAAGUGUCCCGCCAAUGGCGUUUCCGACACCAUCAACGACGGCGACCAUCUCUCAGAUCUUGAGAAAUUCCGUGUUGUUCAUCAUAUCGACGAGAUCGCUAGCGCUUUCCGCUCUCUCGCUGAGACGGUCGACAACCCCCUUGCAUCAUGCCAGAAUAAUGGACCUAUAGAUUCGGCAACGCUUGAGCGCAUGAUCGCUGAUGCAGCCCCCUCUUAUGCCAAGAAGUCUGUUGAGGCAGAGACUCUUGCCCGGCUCCUUAAGGGCUUGGAAACUGCCGACCUGACUCCCGUCGCCAGGGAGGAUCCUCGCAAGACAGGCGACUGGCGAACUGAGCUUGAGACACAAUCGAGACCAUUGAUCCCCUUCAGACCGCCCGUCGUUCGGCACCCAACGUGA